AUGACACCCCUUCAAUAUUACCUGCAGGGCCGACGGCGCCUCGUUUUGAUCCUGCCAAUCGUCGGGUUAGCCUUACUUCUCGCUGCCGGCCUCUACCAGGGCUCGAUCCCGCAGCCACCACUGCCAAAGGUUGUGUUCGGCGACUCUCCCGAGAAUGAGCGUUAUGAUAGUGGGCAACCCCAGGCAAAUGAUCUUCCCAGCCUCAUACGUGCCCUGUGGGCGCCCGUUGUGCUGCCCAUCACCGCGCCGUCCUUCACGACCAUCGAUGGCCUGAGGAAACAGCUCCCACGUCCGAACCAUCCCAUCCACGCAACCCCCCUUGGAAAGCGUGUUUGCGUUCUGGACGUCGACAACCGUGGCUUUGACGACGAAGGUGGCAUCUUCUCUAACCAGCUUCCCGUCUGGGAUCGCGUAAAUGGCUCAACCGCUGGGUUCCUGAGCCACUACCUGUUUGCCGCGAUUCAUGGGUACACCUACAAGUUUGUGCGCGCGCCCAAGUAUGCCGACCGCGCCCCGCACUGGGCCAAAGUUGUCUUCGUCAAAGAGAUGCUGAAACGCUACGACAUCGUCCUCAUGAUGGACGGCGAUGCCGUCUUCACCACCCCGCAGGUGCCGCUCGAAUGGCUUCUCAACUACUGGCAAAUCGGACCCGAGACCCUGGUUGCCAUGCCCGAAGACCCAGCCCUCGAUCCCAACUGGGAUAUACGUCACCGCGCCAACGUCAACUCCGGGUUCAUCAUCGCCCAGGCGAGCGACCUGACCCAACGGCUGUUUGAAGACUGGGCCGAGUGUCCCUCGGAGAAGCGCUAUCCGGGCUGUGCGGAGUGGAAAACAAAGCCAUUCCACGAGCAGUCGGCCUUCAGCUCCUUUGUCCGGUACGACUUUCUCGACGGCUACAGCAUCGACACACACCCGCAGUACAUUCGCCACAUUCCGUGCUCCGAUGCCAACGGAUAUCCCGAAGUGGCCCACUACGGAUGCCUCGGGCACUUUGUCCGUCACUUUUGGCAGGAUAAGAAUCUGACGGUUCCCGAGUUUACUCAUAACGUUAUGGGCGCGCUUGCGCCGAUACUGGCACAUUCCGCCUACCGCCAGGGGGGUCAUGUGGAAGACUACCGCGAUAUGGUGUUGGAUGGCGCCGAACUUCUGGGUGGGCCGUAG